AUGGGGUUGGCUGCGAAUAGAUCGGUCGCUGCUGGGAUGGACGCGCCUUCAGCGAUCAUGGUUCAGGGAGCGGGCCGUGCCGGUGAUUCGGGCCUAGGCAGUUCGGUAGCGAUUGCGGGUGUUCAGACCAAACAGUGGCAGGGUGGUGCUUCUCCUGAUACCUCAAUCGAAAAAGUCCUCGAGCCUACCACGCUCUCUAUUAUUCGACCAGCCGUCACUGUCCAAACUCAUCGCGACCAUUCUCCUCUUCGCCCGCUGUUUCAUUUGAUCGAUGAGUCAGGCGAAAAUGUUCUUGACCACGCGCCUCUCACCCGCCGCUCUCGUCGGCCCUUUGGCAUGCACGAUGUUGCUGAUGCGGCCCUCGAGGAGGAGGAACACGAAGUCCCUCGUCCCAAUCCAAGAAUUGUCCCUCUCAAGAAGAAGUCGACCAGAAAGGAAACCACUCACUCAUCUGACCAGAGGACAUUCCCUCGUCGUACCCCAUCUCCUUCCCAAAAGGAGCAUGAGCCUCAACCUUCUCCGUCAACAAACCCCGGGCAUACCAUCUCCUCAACUAAGGGGCUUUCGAUCGAGGAGCAAGGCACUGCCUCCUCCCCUCAUCACAGCCAGUUACUUCUUUCAUCGAGAUCGUUCGAUUUUUGA